UGGAGACAGGGGACCACGCUCAUGCGCUAUCGAUCGAUCGCAUCAAUCGUGAAUGCGUGAUCGAUUCUUAGGCGCGCUGAUUGUAGCAAGCACCUGAGGGCGAGCAGUGGGAUUAUCUUUUGGAUGGAUUGAUUGGCAGCAAUCUUCGCAGCAAAGUCUAAUUGAUUUUGUGAGGGGAUUUGAUUGAUUUCUUGUUUGUUUGUUUGUCGUGGCAACAGAGGGAUCUGCCACUAACUGCGAAAGGGUCGUGUCAUGGGACACCCGCUACAUUAUUUUACGGUCUAGAGCUUGCCAGAAUAAAAAUGCGCUCCCUGAGGCACAAGUUGUGUUGUUGUUCUUCUUCUUCCUCGGCUGGACAACGAGGUUCUUGUCGCUCGGGAAUUCCAUGGCAGCGGCAGGAACACCAGCGGCAGCGUCCGAAUGGGAAGUUGGCAUCGACGAGCCAACGAGGGGCCAAGUUCCUGUUCCUGAGAGGAAGGGCUGGAGGAAGCUUGCGGCUUAUGUCGGGCCUGGCUAUCUCGUCUGCAUUGCUUACAUCGAUCCGGCGAACUUCGAGAGUGACCUUCAAUCGGGAGCAAACUUUAAAUAUGAGCUGCUUUGGGUCCUGCUUAUCGCAUCGAUUUCAGCGUUGAUCAUUCAGUCUCUGGCAGCCAACUUGGGAGUUGUCACACGGAAGCACUUGGCAGAGCACUGCCGGAUAGAAUAUGCACGACCGUUGAACUUCGUGCUGUGGAUCCUUGCUGAAGUGUGCAUCAUAGCCAGUGACAUUCCUGAAGUCAUAGGGACGGCAUUUGCGUUGAACAUCCUGUUCAGGCUUCCAGUGUGGAUUGGAGUUCUUCUAACAGGAUUCAGCACUCUCAUUUUGCUUGCAAUACAACAGUAUGGGGUUCGGAAACUCGAGCUGGUGGUGGCGCUGUUCGUGUUCAUCAUGGCUGGAUGUUUCUUUGUGGAGCUUGGAUAUGCCAAGCCCGACGCAGGCGAAGUCCUAAAAGGCUUGUUUGUUCCUCGAUUGAAUGGGCAUGGAGCAACAGGAAUUGCAAUUUCCUUGCUUGGUGCUAUGGUUAUGCCGCAUAAUCUCUUCCUUCACUCAGCGAUCGUCUUGACUCGAAAAAUCCCAUACUCAACGAAUGGAAUCAAGGAUGGAUGUCGGUACUACAUAAUGGAGAGUGGCUUUGCCUUGUUUCUCGCCUUCCUCAUCAACAUAGCAGUAAUUUGUGUAAGUGCUUCGGUUUGUAACAACCGCCACUUGUCAUCCGUCUACAAAGACGACUGUGGGGAUUUGGACCUCAACAGGGCCUCCUUCUUGCUAAGAAACGUUCUUGGCCAAUGGAGCUCAGUGGUGUUCGGCGUGGCGCUUUUAGCGUCUGGCCAGAGUUCGACGAUAACUGGGACUUUUGCUGGCCAGUACGUGAUGCAGGGAUUCCUUGACUUGCGCUUGAAACCAUGGAUCCGGAAUUUGCUAACGAGGCUGGUUGCUAUAAUUCCAAGCCUUGCAGUGGCAUUGAUCAGUGGUUCCAGGGGAGCUGGAAAACUUAUCAUUGUAUCAUCGAUGAUUCUGGCGUUCCAGCUUCCAUUUGCUCUUGUGCCUCUUCUGAAAUUCACCAGCAGCUCCAUGAAAAUGGGUCCUCACAUGAACUCACUAUGGCUCACAGUGUUGACAUGGUUGAUUGGCAUGGGGGUGAUUACCAUCAACAUGUACUUCUUGAUAACGUCCUUCGUCAAAUGGCUCAUCCAUGGCCACCUUGCCAAGGCAGGGCGUGUUGUGAUUGGCGUGCUGGUAUUCAAGGCCAUCUUGGCAUACCUUGUCACCCUUUGCUACUUGGCAUUUCGGACAGAGACUAAGCCAACGUACAUCGUCCCUCCCAAUGAGGGAGGCAAGAGUCCUCAGCCAGAUUCUAAUGGGAUGGUGGUCCCAAGGGAAGACCUCUCUGGUCUCACUUUUCGAACUAGGUGAUUGCACUUUUAUAUAUUGAAGGUUUACUUUUAUAUAUUUGCAAAGGUUAUUCUUUGAAGUCAAAACCUACUAAGCUA